ACGGAUUGGAUCUGAAAAUUUGUUUUUAUUUUUAUUUAUCAUACAUAAAAAGGAUUGAUCAUUCCUAAUAAUAAAAAUCUAACAUAAUGGACGCGCUUAAAAUAUUACAACCAGCUACUUAUUCAACAAAUAUCAAUUCAAGAUCCAAGUUUCAACGAAUGCCUAAUAGAGAGCCAGAAUUGAUGGAUACUGAUGAAUAUAAUAGCAAAAGAAAGGAGGGUAUCAAAGAAUAUUACAUAUCAAAAAUUGAAGAACUUCAGUUGAUUGUAGCAGAAAAAACACAAAAUUUGAGAAGGUUGCAAGCACAAAGAAAUGAAUUAAAUUCGAAAGUGCGUUCUCUAAAAGAGGAAUUACAACUUUUGCAAGAACAAGGAUCAUAUGUCGGAGAAGUAGUUAAAGCCAUGGAUAAGAAAAAAGUGUUAGUAAAGGUUCACCCUGAGGGAAAGUUUGUCGUGGAUAUAGAUAAAACUAUCGAUAUAACCAAAGUGACCCCAAACUCCCGAGUUGCUUUGAGAAAUGACAGUUAUACCCUCCACAAAAUUUUACCUAGCAAAGUGGAUCCUUUGGUCAGUCUCAUGAUGGUCGAAAAAGUGCCGGACUCGACUUAUGACAUGGUGGGAGGUCUCGAAAAGCAGAUCCGAGAAAUCAAGGAGGUCAUCGAGCUGCCAGUCAAACAUCCCGAGUUAUUCCAAGCCCUUGGAAUAGCCCAGCCUAAGGGAGUAUUGCUUUACGGUCCCCCAGGAACGGGAAAAACUCUUUUAGCGAGGGCCGUAGCCCAUCACACUGAAUGCACUUUCAUAAGGGUUUCGGGUUCGGAACUCGUUCAAAAGUUUAUAGGAGAAGGUUCCAGGAUGGUCAGAGAACUCUUCGUCAUGGCCAGGGAACACGCUCCAUCCAUCAUAUUCAUGGACGAGAUCGAUUCUAUAGGUAGCAUCCGACUCGAAGCCGGCUCUGGAGCCGACAGUGAAGUCCAAAGAACCAUGUUGGAAUUGCUGAAUCAGCUGGACGGUUUUGAGGCGCAAGUCAAUGUUAAGGUAAUAAUGGCGACCAAUAGGAUAGACAUUCUCGAUAGCGCUCUUUUGAGGCCCGGUCGAAUAGACAGAAAAAUCGAGUUCCCCCCACCCAACGAAGAAGCCCGACUAGAUAUAUUGAAAAUCCACUCCCGAAAAAUGAACCUAACACGUGGUAUAGACCUCAGGAAAAUAGCGGAAGCCAUGCCGGGCGCCUCUGGAGCCGAAGCUAAGGGUGUUUGUACUGAAGCUGGUAUGUACGCCUUGAGGGAAAGGAGAGUGCACGUCAAUCAAGAAGAUUUCGAAAUGGCCGUCGCUAAAGUCAUGCAAAAAGACACCGAAAAAAACAUGUCGAUCAAGAAAUUGUGGAAAUAACCCCCCCUCCAACUCCUCCAUUUUUUUUACAAAUAAUUCAUUCAUUCAUUUCGAAAUAUCUUAUUAAUUUUAGUAAUUAUUUAUUUUCAUAACUCUUGUCCGAGUUCCUUACCAAAGGAAACCAUUAUGGAAAAAAAAAAUAAUACACUCUUAUUAACUAACGAUCACAUUACCCCUUCCCAUUUUACCCCUAUCGAUUUAAAUAACCUUCCUUUUUUUUAAAAAAAACAUUGAGAACUUAUUAACUUAAAUUUAUUUAUUUUCUACCUCCUCUAUUUAAACCAACAAACUGACCCACCACCAUUUUGUUUUUAUCGAUAAAUUGAUUUUCUAUGGAUUUGAUUUCGAUGUUUUUGUCAUUUACUUAUAAAAAAUCUUCCUUAUCGUACAUAUAAUUAUUUUCUUCGUUCAUUUUUUUUUCUCGCACAAAUUUGUUUUUUUUUUCUGUUUUUUUUUUUCAAAAAAACAACGACAAAAGUUUUAUUAUUUUUUGAUAUAAUUUCGCGUAUCAAACACAUAUUAAAAAAAAUAGGAAUGAUUUUAUAUAUAUUAUUAUUAUUAAUAUUUCCACAAUUUAUAUAUUUAUAAAAAACACUCGUUUAUAAAAUUUAAACUCCCCUUAUUACCAUGUUUUUUUAAAAAAUAACUUUAUCCUAAUAUUCGAUAAAGCGAAACCUCAUGGCAAAACGAUCUUUUAAUGAUAUAAUAUAAUAAUAUUUAUAAUACAUUUAUUAUUAUUCGAAUAAAAAUAUAUUUUGCUUUU